AUGUCUGAUGUUUUGAUGAGAGCACCUGUUGGUUCUAUAGGUAAAGCAUACCCAUCAGGUUGGAUCCAAACGAACCUUUUUACGCAAUGGUUUCAACAUUUUGUUGAAUACGUCAAACCUACAGAAGCGUCACCAGUGCUCUUGAUUCUCGACGGGCAUUACAGCCAUACGAAGAAUAUAGAACUAAUAGAUUUAGCCAGACAAAAUCAUGUAACUAUUUUGUCACUGCCACCUCAUUGCACCCAUAAAUUCCAACCACUCGAUCGAACAUUUAUGGGUCCUUUAAAAACCUACUAUAGCGAAGAAGUCCGUCUUUUUAUGAAACAAACAGGAAAAAAUUUAUCACAUUUCUAUGUUGCGGAGCUAUUCGGCAAGGCAUAUUUAAAGUGUCAAACAGGAGAAAUUGCAGCAAAUGGUUUUAAAGUUGGUGGCAUAUACCCAUUUAAUCGUAAUAUAUUUACUGAAGCUGAUUAUUUAGCUGCUGCUGACAAUUUCGAAGAACAAAAUCCGACAACAACUCCGACACUACCCACUUCAUCCGCCCUAACUACAGUAACUUCAUUGCAACUCAGCAAUUUCAAUGAAAAUAUACCAGGACCAUCUGCUGCUACUACUGAAAUAGGAAACGGUUCCCUGGUUACACCAUCUGAUAUUUCCCCAGUGCCAAUAAGAAGGAAAACAUCUAGCAAUAGAGGCCGAAAGCCGGCAAGAUCGGCAAUAAUUUCAAGUUUUCCUUAUAAGAAGAAUUUAGAAAAUGCGCAGUCAAAGAAGUCUAAUGAAGAAAAGAAAAAACGUGAAAAAGCUGCAAAGAGAAAGGAUAAAAAAAAUAUUCCGAAAAAAAGACAAAAGAGGAAUAGGACAGAAAGUGAAUCAUCAGACUCGAAUCUAGAUGAUAAUUUUGGAUAUAACACAGACUUGUCCGAUGAUGAGGCAGUAACAAAUGAGAGUGCAGCCCCUUCUGAUGAAGAUGCUGAAUGCUUUUUCUGUAAUGGAAAAUACAGUGAUGAUAAAAAAGGUGAAGAAUGGGUGCAAUGUUUAAUGUGUGAACUAUGGGUUCACUGUGCUUGUGGCGGUUAUGAAACCGGUGUGUACAUCUGUGAUUACUGCAAAAAUUAA